CCUCAUUUCGUCUCUUUCGCUUACAAUCAGAAACUGAAGAAGCGAUGCCGUCGACGCAGUCAUUGACCGUCGCAGCAGCGAAGACGCUACUACGUAACCGGAUCUUCUCCAGGUCCGGAUCCACAUCCUCCGGGCCGAGCCGCUGGGCCACGCCGGGUCACGAGGAACGGCCCAAGGGAUACUUCAUGAACCGCACUCCUCCGCCGCCGGGACAGUCGCGCAAAUGGGAGGAUUGGGAGCUUCCUUGCUACAUCACCAGCUUCCUCACGAUCGUCAUCCUCGGCGUGGGGCUCAACGCCAAACCUGAUCUCUCGAUCGAGACUUGGGCUCAUCAGAAAGCCCUGGAACGCCUCGAGAUGGAGAGGCUCGCAUCCGGAGAUUCGUCUGAUUGAUGCCCUGAUGAUGCUUGAUCUUCGUUGUUGACGAUCACGAAGAGUUAGGGCUUUCGUGAAGAGCUUUUGGUUUCAGUAAUCGUUGUUUAGUCGAUAAUGAUGAAAUAAGUGUUCUUUUAACUGUGUCGACGCAUUUACAUUUUCAAAUAUUUUGUCUUUUUUAUUUGCUCGUUUUGAUCAACUUCUGCAACUUGAUUGGUUGCUGGACUUCGUUA